UUGUGACCAAUCUUUGCAACCAAUUUCCUAUGAAAUACUCUCGGGGGAAAACCAUGGAUCAAGAUGAAUUGGAGCAAAAACAUCGAAAGGAACGGAAGGAUUUGCAAGCAAAGAUUCAAGGGAUAAAGAAGGCUGUGCCCAAAGGAGAUAAGAAGAGGAAGAAAGAAGCAGCCGAGGAAAUUGCUCGAUUAGAAGCAGAUCUUGACCAGAGGCAUCAGGCAGAGCUUGAGGCAAACAAAAACAAGUCAGCUGUUCCCCAUGAAGUAUGUCAGAAUGAAGCAUCAACAGAAGAAAUGCUUGAAAAACUAGACAUCUCUGAAGAACCUGAUGAUAAACCACAGAAGCUCUCGAAAGCACAGAAAAGAAGAAAUAAGAAGGCUCAAGAAGAAAAGGAGAAAGCAGAAAGAAUAGCCAUAGCAGAGAAGGACAAUGUAAAUAGUGCAAGAAAUAUUGAAAACAGGCAGUUUGCUGAUAUCACGUCAAAAAGGAAUUUACAAAUAAAGCAGAUACCAUCUGAUGGACAUUGUCUGUAUAAUGCAGUUGUUCAUCAACUAUCAUUACAGGGUAUUGAGGAGAAAAUGGAGGUGGUUCGACAAAAGGUGUCAGAUUACAUGAAAACCAAUAUUGAUGAAUUCUUGUGCUUCUUGACCAAGCCUGAUACAGGAGACAUGUUAACAGCAGAUGAAUAUGAGAAAUAUUGUGAUGAUGUUGCUAAUACUGCUGCUUGGGGUGGUCAUCAUGAGAUGAAAGCAAUUACAGAAGUAUACAAGAAACCAAUUGAAGUGCUGCAAGCUGAAGGUCCACUUCUGAAAAUAGGAGAACAUUUCGAUACCCAGCCUAUCAUGUUAUCGUAUCACCAUCAUGCAUAUGGCCUGGGAGAGCAUUACAACUCAGUGAUGGUGAGAGAGAAGAAGCUAACCGAAGAUGAAACAUAACACACAACCACACACCUAGAGGUCUAGUGGUAUACUACUCUCAGACCAGAAGGCUGCAAGGUCAGGAUUCAACCUGAUCUGCUCUCUUGCCAUGCAUAGUCUGGGAAAGCAUUACAACGCAGUGAUCGUGAUGGAGAAGAAGCUAUAAACUGAAGAUGAAACAUUACACACAACCAACCAUACUUAUAGAGGUCUUGUGGUAAGCUACUCUCAGACUAUGGUUCUACAAGGUCAGGAUUCAAACCCUGGAGCAAGAUAGUCCUGUGGAGAUUAAAGCUUGAGUCUAUAGUUGAUUGUUGCAUAUUUAGUCGGUGGAUGAAUGGUUUAGAGCUACACACCAUUACAUAUAAAGGGUAUUUCAUCACCACUGGCUGUGGCACAAAGGGAUAUAUUGGCCCUCAUGAAUCAUUUCAAGGAGUUCGAUUCAGGAAGUGGGGAUGAUGUUUGCGUUAUAUGGCUCCCAAACCCCCGUUCA